GCUGGCCUUCAUUACACCCCGUCGAGAACUCCGCCUAGGAAUCGAUGCGACCGAGGCGAAUCCAAGCCCACGAUAUACUCUUAACCCCCGGUCUCCAAACCCGCACCGCCGUCUCAGUCUCCUCCACUCCCAAUUCUCUCCCGAGCUGACGCCAUGGCCGGUGCCCUUCAGCUCCAUCUAGGCUCCUCCUUUCUCCCCUCGUCGUCUCACCUCAAGCUCCGCCGCCGGAUCUUCGCUGCAACCGCACCCCUCCGCCGGCAUCCGACGGAAAGCAAGAUCCGCGAGAUAUUUAUGCCGGCGCUUAGUUCUACCAUGACUGAGGGCAAGAUCGUUUCAUGGGUGAAAUCUGAGGGAGAUAAGCUUUCCAAGGGCGAGAGCGUCGUCGUCGUGGAGUCCGACAAGGCCGACAUGGACGUUGAGACCUUCUACGACGGCUACCUUGCUGCAAUCAUGGUCGACGAGGGAGGUAUCGCUACCGUGGGUUCUGCCAUCGCCCUUCUCGCCGAGACAGAGGAGGAGAUUCCACUGGCAAAAUCCAAGGCAUCCUCCUCCUCCUCGGCCCAUCCGGAAGAAGCUUCUUCACCGCCAGUUUCUCCUCAGGAAUCCGCUAUUGCAACUGAAGCUUCCCCUCCUCGUCCGGGAAAAGCGGAUCUUACCCUAGCUUCAUCAGCGCAUCCGGCUUCGGAUGCCGGGCGACGCAUCGUGGCCACGCCUUAUGCUAAGAAGCUCGCCAGGGAUCUGAAGGUGGAACUUCAAUCGGUUGUCGGAACCGGUCCUAUGGGCCGGAUCGUUGCCAAGGAUGUUGAGGCAGCGACUGACGGAGCAGCUUCCGUAGCAAUCACUGCGCCGAUCACCUCUGCUACCAAAGCCGUUGCGGAUUCCACUCCGAAGGUACCUGUUGAGCUGGGAAGUGUUGUGCCCUUCACGGCGAUGCAGGGAGCUGUCAGCAGGAACAUGGUGGAGAGUCUUGCUGCGCCUACAUUCCGUGUUGGUUACACUAUCACUACCAAUUCACUCGAUGAGCUCUAUAAGAAAAUUAAGUCGAAGGGGGUUACCAUGACUGCAUUAUUGGCUAAGGCAACUGCUAUGGCCCUAACGAAACACCCAGUGAUUAAUUGUAGCUGUAGGGAUGGAAAGAGCUUCACAUAUAACAGCAGCAUUAACAUUGCUGUUGCUGUUGCCAUUGAUGGAGGCCUUAUCACUCCUGUUCUGCAAGAAGCAGACAAGGUGGACAUUUACUCAUUGUCAAGGAAAUGGAAAGAGUUAGUGGAUAAGGCUCGGGCCAAGCAGCUCCAACCACUAGAGUACAACUCAGGCACAUUUACCCUUUCAAAUCUUGGAAUGUUUGGUGUUGAUCGGUUCGAUGCAAUCCUACCUCCUGGAACGGGAGCGAUCAUGGCUGUUGGUGCUGCACAACCUACAGUGGUAGCUACCAAGGAUGGUAGGAUUGGUGUGAAAAAUCAGAUGCAGGUGAAUGUUACAGCAGAUCAUCGUAUCAUAUACGGUGCUGAUCUUGCUGCUUUCCUGCAAACCCUAGCCAAAAUUAUUGAAGAUCCCAAGGAUCUCACCUUCUAGAUGCCAUUUGUGUCAGCUUCUAGUUCGGAUCAGAAUUAUGAUCAUGAAUUCAAUUUGAUGAGUAUGUUUACUUUAUUUUAUUUUAUUUUUUAUGAUUCGUUGUUGUAAUAUGAACUAGGCUGCCAGAGUUUGUUUCUAGUAGCUACUUAUAGAGUUGAAAGAACAUGCCCAUCUUCUAUUUAAUUUUGAGAUUUCAAACAUCAAGAAGAAUCCUAUUGUUGUCAGAUUUUUGUAACGGUUCAAUAAAAUGUAAGAUUUUAUUCAGAUCA